AUGCUCACCAUUCCAGCCCGUUCCUUUGCCUUUGCUCGAUUGCACACCGGGCAGGCUAUCAAAGUCAUCAACACAAACGGCAGUCAAGUCAUUGAUACAUGGGCCUUUUGCAUCCCAGCCCCGGGCAUGUUCCCCGCCUACAUGUCCAUGGUCCAUACACGUUCGACCUUGCCUGAGUUGAUGCCCUCGAAUCGGGAGACGUUCCUCGAUAAUCGACGACGGCCGAUGCUCACAAUGCUUCACGAUACGUCACCCGGCGUGCACGACGUCUUCUUCGCCGCCUGCUCCCCGGAGCGUUAUGCCCAGCUCGGUAGCGCUCCUGAGCAUGACAGCUGCGCGAAUAAUCUCUACUCGGCAGUCAAGGCAUAUGGCGACGCAGCGUUCGACAAGGUAGUCGAGUUUCUUGAAUGUGGAUGGGUGCCCGACCCGCUGAACCUGUUCAUGAACGUCGUCGUCAAAGGCAACAAGUUGCACAACUUGAGACCGCAGAGCAAGGCCGGAGAUUACGUUGUGCUGCAGGCCGAACAGGACUGUGUGAUUUUCAUGAGUGCUUGUCCCAUGGAUAUCACCGAUUGCAACGGCGGCAAACCAAGCAGUGCCGAAUACCAUGUGCUCGACGAUCCCGCCUGA